AUGAUGCCAUCCUCCACCAGGAAAGGAGCGCUUAAGGACCCCGAGCUGGCCGAGCUGUUCUUCAAAGAUGACCCCGAGGACGUCUUCUGCGACCUCCAUGAGAUCGGGCAUGGCAGCUUUGGGGCUGUCUACUUUGCCCGUAACUCGUACUCCAAUGAGGUGGUCGCCAUCAAGAAGAUGUCCUAUAAUGGCAAGCAGACAACCGAAAAGUGGCAGGACAUCAUUAAGGAGGUCAAGUUUUUGGGACAGCUGCGACACCCAAACACCAUCGAGUACAAAGGCUGCUAUUUGAAAGACAACACUGCCUGGCUGGUGAUGGAGUACUGCCUGGGCUCUGCGUCAGAUUUGUUAGAAGUUCACAAGAAACCACUGCAAGAGGUGGAAAUUGCUGCCAUUACCCAUGGUGCCUUGCUAGGUCUGGCUUAUCUACAUUCCCAUAACAUGAUUCACAGAGACAUUAAAGCCGGGAACAUCCUGCUGACUGAGCUGGGUCAGGUCAAACUCGCUGACUUUGGCUCUGCCGCCAUUGCCUCACCCGCCAACUCCUUUGUGGGAACUCCUUACUGGAUGGCCCCAGAAGUAAUCCUAGCCAUGGAUGAGGGACAGUAUGAAGGAAAGGUUGAUAUCUGGUCCCUUGGGAUUACUUGUAUUGAGUUGGCGGAGCGGAAACCACCCUUGUUCAACAUGAAUGCCAUGAGUGCCUUAUAUCACAUUGCCCAGAAUGACUCUCCAACACUCCAGUCCAAUGAGUGGUCCGACCAUUUCCGAAGCUUUGUGGAUUACUGCCUACUGAAAAUUCCUCAGGACAGACCCUCUUCGGGGGAGCUGCUACGACAUGAUUUUGUGCGUCGAGAACGGUCGCCUCGCAUUCUCCUCGACCUUAUCCAGAGGACCAAGGAUGCGGUGCGUGAGCUGGACAAUCUGCAAUAUCGAAAGAUGAAGAAGAUUCUCUACCAGGAGAAACACAAUGGACCAAUGGGAGAGAGCCAGGAGGAGGAGGAGGACAGCGAAGCAGCUAGUGGUAAGAUGAACAGCCUGGGCAGUAACCACUCCAUCCCCAGCACCUCUGUGAGCACCGGCAGCCAGAGCAGCAGCGUCAACAGUAUGCAGGAGGUGCUGGACGACGGCUGCUCUGAGAUGACCAUGAUGCACCCCCAGGACUACGGCCCGGACUCCCCCCACCACAAGAAGGACCAUCAGUACAACUGGGAUGAUGGGAUUCACAGGGACCACAGACCGGAGCUGAGGCCCAGCAGCCAGGCCCAAAACUACAAGAACCAGGGGCGCUUUGCAACCAUCAAGUCUGCAUCACUGGUGAGGAAGCACAUGGAUUGA